AUGUUCCAAUGCAGCACUUGUGACGACGAAUUCUGGUAUCAGGAGGACUGCGAUGAGCACAUGAAUGAUGAAGGCCACUGGAUUGAGUGUGAAACAUGCAAUCGAUUGUUCCGCACCAGGAUCGCUUGCAAUCAGCAUAUGAACGCUUUAGACCACUGGGCGCCAACCUUCGAAUGUGAAACAUGUACUAGCACCUUCCGUACUCAAAACGCCGUCAACAACCACAUGAAUGCGAAGGGCCACUGGCUUCCGACUAUUCCAUGCGAGACAUGCCCGAUGAAAUUCCACACGCAGAGCGCCGUUGAAAACCAUAUGAGAGCCAAGGGACAUUACAAGAACUACUGCCAAGAAUGCGAGCGUUUCUUUAUGAACAAGAACUGUUUGCGCCAGCAUCUGAACUCAAAGAUCCAUCGUGGUACCAACAUUCCCUGUCCGUUCUGUAGGACUGGCUUUGUCACUGCUAGCGGUGUUUCUCACCAUCUCGAGAGUGGAUCCUGCCCGCAAGCUAAACAGCUAAACCGCGACACCAUACACCGCAUCAUCCAACAUCACGAUCCAAAUGGCUAUGUCUGCAAAAAGCAGAUCGCAUGGCAUGGAGAAGAAAAUUCGACUUACUCAGUCACUAGCAAUGCAUGGAAUGGUGACUCUUGGGUGUGUUACAUAUGCAAAAAGGAGUUCAACUCGAGAAAAGCGCUGCAGUCCCAUGUCAACUCACCCGUGCACAAGGAGAAGGUCUAUCACUGCCUCAAGCGCGGCUGUCCAAAGGAGUUCCACUCCCUGGCUAGUCUGUUCAACCACCUGGAGAGUGAAUCGUGUGGAUUCAUUCGGUUUGAGGGAGUUCAACGGGUUCACAGACAGCUGAACGAUGCUAUGAUGGGCGGCCGGAUGAUUACUGGAUUCUAG